AUGGACCCAAACUCUCAUCCUACCGACUCUGAACGUGCUGAAGAUCAACCCGGACAAAGCCCUGGAGGCAUCCGCCCUGUUGAAGAACCCGCUGAGCGUCUGCCCUCCCCUCCCACGGAGCCCGAAGCAAACGCGCAGCAAGACGAAGAAAUCGUAGCUCUGGAGUACCGUCUCCCUCCCCACGCUGUUCCUGGGGAGGAAGUACAUUUGAUAGAACUGCCCGCCGAGCUUAACGAUCAAUACCAGGCCCUCUUUGGCCGUCUCCGCGACGGCCCAGUGGUCAUUCACGUCGGCGACGACGGAGUCGCCAGGAUCCAAGAUGAUGACGGCAUGGACGUUGUAGUUGCUGAAGAGACCUUGGCCUUUCUCCGCCAAAUUGAAGAACUGCCUGAGGUUGCAAAUGAGCAGCCCGCUCAUGACUACCGCAGUCGCGCCUGGGAACAGUUCAUGGAGACUCUCUCUCCUGAGCACCAAGUUAUGUUCCAAAAUGUCGGAGACGCUACUCACCGACUUAUAGAGGCGAUUGGGGAAGACCCUAACCGCGCCGGUUUGAGCUCGGACGAGAUUAACCAGCUCAGGAACAACAUGGCGGAAGUUGAACGAAACGCUGCCAACUUUCCCACAGCAUCUCUAGAGCUUUUCAUCGAAUGGUUCGCCGAAGCCGAUGAAGAAAUCGCGCGGCGGCUGAGAACCCCUGCCCAGAUGGCAAACGCAAGACGAGCAGUCAAUACCCUCCUCAAUAACUUGCCCAACACAGACCGGGCGGCUUUGGUAACAGAUGAUCCCGACAAUAGCUCCCCGCAGUGCACAGUGUGCUUAGAGGAUUACGUCGAAGGUGAUGUUAUUGUGGUGUUACCAUGUCAUCCGUCGCACCACUUUCACCGGGUCUGCAUCCAUGACUGGCUGCAAGCCCUGAUUCCACAUCCUUACACUUGUCCAAAUUGCAGAGCCAGUAUCCUGCUACGCAUGCCCACCCUUGCCCCCCAAUAG